AUGGAGCCUCACAUUAAUGGUUCUCUUCCAUUAAUAUUGCUAAUUAUUACUACUUUCCUUUUACUAUCUCUCCAUGCCAAAGCUGAAAGCUCCACCUACAUAGUCCACAUGGACAAAUCCCUCAUGCCUCAAGUCUUCACAAGCCAUCAUAAUUGGUAUGAAUCCAUUCUUCAAUCAUCAAAAACACAAUUUAAUGAUCAUGUUCAUCCAUCAAAGAAAUUGGUUUACACUUAUAAUCAUGCCAUGCAUGGAUUCAGUGCAAUACUAUCACCAAAUGAGUUAAACAAUCUUAAAAACUCUCAUGGUUUUGUCUCAGCCUAUCUUGAUAGAACAGCUACAAUAGACACAACACAUACCUUUGAGUUUCUUUCAUUAGACCCUUCAAAAGGGCUAUGGAAUGCAUCAAAUUUAGGUGAAAAUGUUAUUGUUGGUCUUAUUGACACCGGUAUUUGGCCAGAAAGUGAAAGUUUCAAAGACGAUGGAAUGUCGAAAAACAUCCCAACAAAAUGGAAAGGAAAAUGUGAAAUAGGACAAGAUUUCAACACUUCAAUGUGUAACUUGAAACUAAUUGGUGCUAGAUAUUUCAACAGAGGUGUAAUUGCAUCAAAACCAAAUGUCAAAAUCAGUAUGAACUCGCCUCGAGACACACAAGGCCAUGGAAGUCACACAUCUUCGACAGUUGCCGGUAACUAUGUCAAUGAUGCAUCAUAUUUUGGUUAUGCUAAAGGUGUAGCUAGAGGUAUUGCACCAAAAGCUAGACUUGCAAUGUAUAAAGUCCUUUGGGACGAGGGACGAGUGGCUUCUGAUGUUCUUGCCGGAAUGGACCAAGCUAUUGAUGAUAAUGUUGAUGUUAUUUCAAUCUCUUUAGGUUUUGAUAAUGUUCCACUUUAUGAAGAUCCAGUUGCAAUAGCUUCAUUUGCAGCUAUGGAGAAAAAUGUUAUUGUUUCGUCUUCUGCCGGAAAUGAAGGUCCAAAACUUAGUACUUUACACAACGGAAUCCCUUGGGUUAUGACCGUUGCCGCAGGCACAAUUGACCGAACUUUUGGGAGUUUGAUACUUGGAAACGGCGAAACUAUUGUUGGUUGGACUUUGUAUCCUAUUACUAAUGCUUUAGUUCAUAAUCUUCCACUUGUUUACAACAAAACUUUAUCAUCAUGCAAUUCAUUUAGUCUUUUAAGUGAAGCUGCAACAAGAGGGAUUAUUGUCUGUGAAGCAUUGGAAUCAGUUUCAGUUUUUAACCAAAUCAACAAUGUUACUUCAGCAAGUGUGGUUGGUGCUGUUUUUAUCUCAGAAAAUCCAAUACUGAUUGACCUAGGAAGAGUUUUUUCUCCAAGUAUUGUGAUUAAUCCAAAAGACAAAAAAGCGCUUAUUCGAUAUAUAAAGAGUGUUGAAUUUCCAUUUGCUAGUAUCAAUUUUGAACAAACAUUUGUUGGUAUAAAGCCAGCACCAGCUGCAGCUCAUUACAGUUCAAGAGGUCCUUCAAAAAGUUAUCCAAGAAUCUUAAAGCCUGAUGUAAUGGCACCUGGCUCGAAUGUUUUAGCCGCUUAUGUUCCGACUUUAUCAUCGGCUACAAUAGGAAGAAACGUUUUUUUAUCAAGUAAUUACAAUCUUCUUUCAGGUACAUCAAUGGCAUGUCCUCAUGCAUCAGGCAUUGCGGCUUUGUUAAAAGCCGCAAAGCCUGAUUGGAGUGCAGCUGCUAUAAGAUCAGCAAUAGUUACCACAGCUAAUCCAUUGGAUAAUACGCAAAAUCAGAUUAUGGAUAAUGGUAAUCCAUCUCAAUUCGCUUCGCCUCUUGCUAUGGGAGCCGGCGAGAUUGAUCCUAAUAAAGCAUUGGAUCCUGGCUUAAUAUACGAUGCUACACCACAAGACUAUGUUAAUCUCCUUUGUGAUUUUGGUUAUACUCAUAAUCAAAUCUUGACGAUUACAAGAUCGAAAAAAUAUAAUUGCGAUAAACCUUCGCCCGAUCUUAAUUAUCCUUCUUUUAUAGCUUUUUAUGGUAACAAAGCAAAGACAAUGGUGCAAAAGUUUUCGAGGACAGUGACUAAUGUUGGAGAUGGUGCUGCUAGUUACAAUGUGAAGGUGACAAAUCCAAAGGGUUGUGUUGUAACUGUGUUACCUGAGAAGUUAACAUUUAGUUACAAGAAUGAGAAGCAGAGUUACUCUGUUCUUGUAAAGUAUAAGAGGAAAAAUAAGAAGGAAAAUGAUGUGUUAUUUGGUGACAUUGUUUGGGUUGAAGAGGGUGGUGCACAUAGUGUUAGGAGUCCUAUUGUUGUGGCACCAAAUGAUAUUAUGAGUUUUUUAUGA